GGAAGCCCAUAGGAGUAUCGGACAGCGCUUUUGCAGUUCCCUCCAAAAAUCGAAGAAUUUGGGAGGGUUUAGCUGACAAGUCACAACGCCCCGAAACGCUAGAGCCGAAAUCCUAAUCCUUCAAUUGUACCAUCGAUGGCGUCAUCAUCUUCGUCUUACAUGACAGGCCCAGACAUCCCAUGGGUCGAGAGGUACAGACCCACCAAGGUGGCUGACAUCGUCGGCAAUGAAGACGCCGUCGCCAGGCUCCAAGUCAUUGCACGUGAAGGAAACAUGCCCAACCUCAUUUUAGCGGGCCCCCCUGGUACUGGUAAGACCACAAGUAUACUCGCUCUUGCUCAUGAACUUCUUGGUCCAAAUUUUAAGGAAGCAGUUUUGGAGCUAAAUGCAUCAGAUGAUCGGGGGAUUGAUGUUGUUAGAAAUAAGAUUAAGAUGUUUGCUCAGAAGAAAGUGACUCUUCCUCCCGGUCGCCAUAAGAUUAUAAUUUUGGAUGAAGCUGACAGCAUGACAACUGGAGCUCAACAAGCCUUAAGGAGGACAAUGGAAAUAUAUUCUAACUCUACCCGCUUUGGCCUUGCCUGCAAUACUUCUUCUAAAGUCAUUGAGCCUAUACAGAGUAGAUGUGCCUUAGUCCGGUUUGGUAGAUUAUCAGAUCAAGAGAUCCUUGGGCGCCUUAUGGUGGUGGUUAGUGCAGAAAAGGUUCCUUAUGAACCUGAAGGUCUUGAGGCAAUCAUAUUUACUGCCGAUGGAGAUAUGAGACAGGCUUUGAAUAACCUACAAGCAACAUUUAGUGGAUUUGGGUUCAUCAACCAAUCAAAUGUUUUCAAGGUGUGUGACCAACCUCAUCCCCUUCACGUGAAGAAUAUGGUACGCAAUGUACUAGAAGGGAGAUUUGAUGAAGCUUGUGCGGGUAUGAAGGCACUAUACGACAUGGGUUAUUCUCCUACUGAUGUUAUCACAACCCUUUUUCGGAUCACAAAGAACUACGAUAUGGCUGAAUACCUAAAAUUGGAGUUUUUGAAGGAAAUUGGCUUUGCACACAUGAGGAUCUGUGAAGGAGUGGGUUCAUAUCUUCAGCUGUGUGGGUUGUUAGCUAAACUUGCUCUGGCUCGUGAGACGGCAAAGGCAACAUGAGAAAGACAGUCAGCUUUUUUUUUGUAGUAGCAAUUAGAAGCCUACAUUGGUGCAAGAGUAAUGCAUGCUACCUUUUUCUAAGUUGUCUCUCUUGGCAUGGAGAACUUAUGUUCCCAUUUUGGUUAUCAUCUUUGUAUUGGAAUUAGAAAAAUGUGGUAUCAUGUGAAAAAAAUUCUGAAGAAUGCAGCCAUUAGUUUCUAUAUUGACUUUUUGCUCUAUAUUUUUAUAAGGAUGCAGGUUUCUUGAUGAUAGACCGUACAUUG